CCGUGCGGGGGGAAAGCCUGACAAAACCCCCAGCGUGCGCGCGGGCGGGCGUGCAUGCGUAAACGCGCACGCGUUUCAAGGAAAACGCCAGUGGGCGGAGUCUUGCUCUCCAAGUCCUCUCUAGUCCGCUGCGACACGCCGCUCGCUGACUUCACUCGGAACCGGAGACACCAGCUGAACAUCCCACCAUGGCCACCACCACCACGUGCACGCGCUUCACCGACGAGUACCAGUUGUACGAGGAGCUGGGCAAGGGAGCCUUUUCAGUGGUGCGCCGCUGCGUCAAAGUGUGCUCGGGGCAAGAAUAUGCCGCCAAGAUCAUCAACACCAAGAAACUGUCAGCCAGAGAUCACCAGAAGUUGGAGCGGGAGGCUCGCAUCUGCCGGCUGCUCAAACACUCCAACAUUGUGCGUCUCCAUGACAGCAUCUCGGAGGAGGGCUUCCACUACCUCCUUUUUGAUCUGGUGACAGGGGGUGAGCUCUUUGAGGACAUCGUGGCAAGGGAGUACUACAGUGAAGCAGACGCCAGCCAUUGCAUCCAGCAGAUCCUGGAGGCGGUGCUUCACUGCCAUCAGAUGGGUGUGGUCCACCGAGACCUCAAGCCCGAGAAUCUUCUGCUAGCCAGCAAGUGUAAGAACGCUGCUGUGAAGCUUGCCGACUUCGGCCUGGCCAUCGAGGUCCAAGGAGACCAGCAGGCAUGGUUCGGCUUUGCGGGGACGCCUGGUUAUUUGUCUCCGGAGGUCCUGAGGAAGGAAGCGUACGGGAAACCGGUGGACAUCUGGGCGUGUGGCGUGAUCCUGUACAUCCUCCUGGUGGGUUACCCUCCUUUCUGGGACGAAGACCAGCACAAACUCUACCAGCAGAUCAAAGCAGGAGCCUAUGAUUUCCCGUCUCCGGAAUGGGACACGGUGACGCCCGAAGCCAAAAAUCUGAUCAACCAGAUGUUGACCAUCAAUCCGGCCAAGAGGAUCACUGCCCAGGAGGCCCUCAAGCACCCGUGGGUCUGCCAACGGUCCACGGUGGCGUCCAUGAUGCACCGGCAGGAGACGGUGGAAUGCUUGAAGAAGUUCAACGCCAGGAGGAAGCUGAAGGGCGCCAUCUUGACCACCAUGCUUGUCUCCAGGAACUUCUCGGUUGGCCGUCAGACCACGGCUCCGGCGUCGGUUAGCAACCUGCCAGCAAGUGGCGCCGGCAUCGUAGAACAAGCCAAGAGCCUCCUCAACAAGAAGGCCGACGCCAAGAGCAACAGCAGCAGCAGCAGCAGGAACAACAACAACACAAACAAAGUCACCAACUCGGUUACAUCUGCUGCACUGGAGCCUCAGACUACCGUAAUCCAUAAUCCGGUAGAUGGGAUCAAGGAAUCGUCAGACAGCAGUAACACAACAAUCGAAGAUGAAGAUGUGAAAGGUGAGAGAUGCUAUGCUAACCGCUACAUCAAAAAUGCAAAAAUGAUAUAAUCAUUCAAGUAAUUACCCAUAUGUCAUUUAGUUGUUUUUUUUCCUCAUGA